UUCUUUGUGGUGAGAUGGCAGCAAAAUAUCGUUGUCCGUCGUGAUUGUGUUGUGUAGAUUUUUUUUUUGUUAUUCUACAAAAAAAAAAUAACUUGUGGAUUACACUUACUGUGUGUUAAAUCAACAUUUUUCUACGUAAAUUUGCCAAAUUUUUGUCAAUAAUUUAGUGGUUAGGUUAUGGAUGGAGAGUAGGUGGUUUAAAAUUAAACCCAAUUCCAAACCAAAGUGUCUCCAUGGCUGAAUUCCUUCAAUUAUGUGCCACACAAAUAUAUAAUCAUAUCGAAUGCAAUGCUAUGGAUGUAAAAUUAGAUCGUUUUGUGCCGACCAUUUUAUGAGAGACAGAAGAGUGGCUAGAUAGUGUGCAAGUGAGAGACAAAUAUUCGUGUUUUUCAUCAAACAAAACUCACACCACUAUCUCUAUGGGUGUGUAUUGUGCUCUUCUUUUUUUUCUGUGUGCAUUUACUACAGUAAUUUAGGAGGCAAUGUCAAAUAUUCUUAAGAAAUAGUGGUGUGUUGCAGAUUACAAGUGAGAGCCAAAAUGGGAUUCUGAGUGCCAAUGUUAUGAUUUUACCAAUGAAAUGUGAACAAUAUUUUGAUAUAAACAACCAAUUGGUGGAUAUUAUUUUUGGUCAGUGAAUAGUGGAGAAAUGGAGUAUCAUAUAUAAUAGAUUAUCGAUUUUGUGUUCAAAUUAGAGAAAAUUGCAAAGAGUGUGUGAGGAGAGUAUUGUUGGUAAUUGCACAAGGAUAUAGUGUGUGUAUGUUAUUCGAUUGAAGAAAAUCGUAAAUUUAGCGUAAAACGAUUAUGUCGAUCCGGAGCCAAAUGGUUCCGCAGCAGCAGCAACCAUCACCAAAUGUGGGUGGUAGUGGUCCAGGAAUUGGUGGUGGUGGUGGCAAUAAUAGUGGUGCCAAUAAUAUUGUUGUAAUGCAAAAAUCCGUGGCAAUUGUAACACCACAGCGGAGUAAUUCACUCGAUUAUCUAAAUUUCGAGGAGAAGCGUCAAUUGAUUGCAUCGUCACUUUCACUAUCGGAUAUUUUGCACUGUGGUCCCGCAGCAGCGGCUGCAGCAGCUAAAGAAGUAGCAGCAAACACUGUUAUAGCUAAGAAACAGCACAAUGGCGCAGCACUGCGUACAAAUAGUUUAGGUUCCGGAACUAGGACACCACCAAUAGAACGGAAAAGCAAAUUUAGUGCAUUUGGACGAUUUUUCAAACCAUGGAAGUGGCGGCGAAAAAAGAAGAGUGAAAAAUUUGAAGCAACAUCGAAAUCACUAGAGAGAAAAAUUUCUGUUCGUGCCAAUCGUGAAGAAUUAGUUCAGAAGGGAAUUCUUCUGCCCGAUUCACCAAUUUCAGCAAUUCCAGAGUCAGGUGAAGAUUCGUCCCCCUAUAGUCCAUCUCCAAACGGUACAAACAAUGCCGUCCUUACGAGUCCGACCAAUCCAAACAAUCAGUCACUGCUGUCGCAGAAUCACAACAAUAACCACAAUAACAACUCCAGCACGGUGUCUAUGUCUUCGGGGCAUGUGCCUUCGUCGCAGUCAGCACAGCAGAUUGGCGGCGGCCACUUAUCGUCGGGUAUAGCGGCUCUGAUUGCGGGAAGUGGAGCCGGCGGGGGCGGAAGUCAUGUUGCACAUUCACAAUCGGCGCAUCAGUUGGGACAUCAACCAACGGCGCCACUGACACCUCUUGCCCAGCAUCAGCAAGCACUACAUCAGCAGCUGCAGCAACAUUUCGCCAAUAAUAACCUCGAACCGAGGAAAGAGAAGACUGACGCUAAUGCCGGUGGUAAUGCUCUUUCACCGAGCAUAGAACAACAAUGUUCUGGUCCCCUGCCACCAGGCAAUGGGAACAGUGGAAAUGGUGACAAUAACAAACCAGAGCGUCCAAAUUCUCUGGGUCCCACAAAGCUAUCCAGGAGGAUAAUCUUUUGCCAUGGGGAUCACUAUGGAGAUCAACAGCAGGGCGGUAUUCGUGGACCAACACCUCCACCAUCUGCCCAGCAGCAGACGCCCUCGGCUGAUGGACAGCAGCAGCUGUCGGCGCAUAUCCUCCUAUCAGAAUUGCCGGAACCACCGAUUCCCGUGUCAGAGAUUGGACCAAUCCCACCGCCGCCCAUGUUCUCAACGCCGAGUCCCACACUGAUAGCCGGACGGCCGCACGGGCCGGGUGUUCAGAUGCAUGGCGGCGGCAACAGCUCGAACGCCGCCGGCGGUAUUCACAACGCACAACUCGAGAUGGCAGACUACGAUUAUGACGAUCAAGAUGAACUCGAUGGGGAGGAUUUGGAUUCAGAUGAAGAGUACAUGUUCCAUAUGAAUCAACCAAAUCCAAACAUCGAUACGGGACGUGUAGAGGAGAUUCCGGCCAAGGAGCCACUCUUCAAUGCUAUUCCCUUGAAAUCGGCGCUAAAAAAGAAGGUCAGCAACUCGGGAAAUGUCGGUGGUGGUAGUGGGAGUGUUGGGACAUCAACAGGAUCGAGUCCAGGGACUCCAACACAGGACAACAAUAGCAACAAUCGUCCAUUGGUUGUUCGGCAAGAGAACAAUUCAUCUCUCAAGCCCAUCCUACGGCCAAGGAUUAGAAUAUGUUCUCGACCGAUGCGUUUUGGGAUUGGACUGCCCUGCACGAUGGAGAACAAAGAGAAUGCCCGACCGUAUGUCCUUCGUGAGGACACGGAUAGUGAUCAGAGUGAUGGUCCAAUCUUGUACCGAGAUGAUGACACAGCUAGUGAUCGUGCAGCCAAAAUUGCCCGCAAGGAGAGUCUCUCACUCAAACUGGCCCUUCGUCCAGAUCGUCAGGAUCUCAUCAACCGCAACAUUCUCCAUGCACAGUCAGACAAUGAGCGACUGGAAUCGAAGGAAGCCAUUGGUGCUAAGCUCAUCAGACGUCUCUCUAUGAGACCAACAGCUGAAGAAUUGGUGGAGCGAAACAUUCUCAAAACUCAAACACCCGCCGAAGAGAAGAAACAGAAGGAGGAGAAGAAGAGAUAUUUGCUGAGAAAGUUAAGCUUCAGACCAACUGUUGAGGAGCUGAAGGAGAAGAAAAUCAUCCGUUUCAAUGACUACAUUGAAGUGACCCAGGCACAUGAUUACGAUCGGAGGGCGGAUAAGCCAUGGACUCGCUUGACGCCAAAGGAUAAAGCCGCCAUCCGGAAGGAGUUAAAUGAAUUCAAGAGCUCAGAAAUGGCUGUGCACGAGGGCAGUCGUCAUCUCACGAGAUUCCAUAGACCAUGACGAUUGCAAUGGUUCAUCGAAAUGGAUGUGGGCAUAGAGAUGAUUCUACUGAUUUUGCUGUCACACUUGAUCCUUCCGGAAAUUGAUGUUUUUCUGUACACUAAAGUGCCGACAGUGAAAAACUGCUGCUACGAAGCGAGUUGCUGUGAUAGACCUGUUGACGUUAAUAAUUUUUAGCGAGCGCCAUUCAUUUUAAUUAGAAAAAGAAGAGAUAACAUUUAAAGAAAAAAAAUGUAAGAACAAAAAGAGAUUCAUUUGCAAUUCACAGGGUUUUUCGUUGCAAACAAAAAAAAGAAAUGUGGGAAUUCUUUGUUUGGAAUUGGAGUAGUGAUAUUGGAAAAUAAGAAAGGCAAUUGAGAAGCAAUUUCGAUUUGAUUUAACUGGUGAGAGAGGAUAAAUUGUGUGGCAAUGGAGAAAGAGCAAGAAAAGAUUAUUGUGUCCACAUAAAUUCCACUUCAACAGAAAAUAAAGAGGACAAUGAUGAUAUUUUUUUCCCGCAAAAUUGCUUUCCUCUCGUAGAUAAAAGUGUGUUAAAAAAAAUCACGUUAAUACUCUUGUAAUUAAUUGACAAAACAUACUACGGAGGAAGAGAAAAGGAACACAAGAAAUCAUCAAUCUCCAUCGAAUUAAAAGUAUAAAUCUUGAGAUUUUCUCUAGCCUUCAAAUGGACUUUCUCAGUAUUCUCCAUCAUUCUCCAAACAUUGAAUUUCCUACAAACAAAGAAACAACAAUCGUUCUAAUCUUCUCAAGAAAUUCAUACUAAAUAUUUAAAAAGAGUGAGAAGAUAAUUACAAAAAGAAAAUGUAAAGAAAAAUGUCCUUAGUUGUAUGUACAUAUCGAAGAAAUUACGCGUAUUUUUUAAGUAAAUACUUUAGUUAAAAUUGUA